UAAGGCUGGGGGCGGGGCUAAUUAAAAGACUUUUUUUCAUAUUAUCGCGAGAGCGGAAUACUAAGGAGACGUCUUGAGAGGGUGUGACUUUAUGGUGGAAACGUUGAGAAUAUUAACGCUUUCAUUCCUGAGUCCUAGACCUCGUUAAGAUCCAUGAAUUGGGACGUAAGCUUUAAAAGGUGCUUCGCUAGCUGCCACAGGUACUUGAGCUGAUUACUCGUAGUGUUUGUAUAACCUUCCCACCCAUAGGUCAGACACUAAAAUCUAAGUCAGCUGCGCUCUUAAUCAAUAACUCACCCUCCUUUUCUCCCCACCCUAUAUCAUCUGCGAUGGUAAGUAAUCUUGAAGAACAAAGGGGAAAACUGCACUAGCAAAACAACUGGAGAGGGAGGCUGGGGAUAUAGCUCAGAGGUAAGAGCGCUUGCCUAGCAUGCUCAAAGCCCUGGGUGCCAUCCCCAGAACUACAGAAAAAGGAAACUUGAGUCGGAAAAGAUAAGAAAAGACGCAAAGAUUUCAUGAAAUUUAUUCACAGAUGGAAGCUUUUAAUGGAGUUUGCACAUUCCAAGUGAACUACACUUUUCAUAGUUUCCCCAGCGGGCCUUUUGAUGUUUGAUUCUAUCUAUAAAUCCCCUCUAAAAAGGGUGGGACUUUUGCUGUGGAUCCAGAAUGGAAAAAAGAACAAUGAUUUCUUGAAAAAUGGAUACAUUCAGGAACUUAUUUAUUUCUCCUUUGCCGAGAAUUUUUCAUCAUUCAAAACAGUUCAAAUAUGUAGUUACAGACUCUUUGAGGUGUUCUACAACUCUCAGCGUGUUAUUGUUGCCCUACAAACUGUCUUUAUCCAUCCAGAGAGUAGUUAUUGAACACUUUAUAUUUUCAAGACACAGUCUUAGGUUCCAGGCACACAAGGUUGAAAAUGGCCACAAAACUAGCAUUAACCACGUUGCUAUGAAAUUCAGCGGUUAUGUUUCUUAUGCCUUCUCUUCUCUCUGGACUACAGUAAGUACUUAUACUGAAGGCAGGAAUGAAGUCUUCAUAUUUGUACACCCAGGAAUUGAACUGGAAUUCGGAUGACAAGCCUUAGUCUUCUGCAUUCCUCCUUAUACUGCCUCUACCUGAAUGAGGCAAUCGUCCUAGGCUCAGAUGCUGACCUCAUACUGCGCUUUCUGAGGUGGCAAAUAGACGUUUUCAAGUUUCAGUCCCACGGAGGUGGAAAGGCCACUGGUCCCGCCCCCUUAACCCCAAUGAGUCAAUGUUUGGUGCAGCCACGAGUCUAGUCACGAGUCUCAUUGUUUUUGGCAGAGCCUUUGACUCACUGACCAAUCUUGGCAUUCAUUUGCGUUCUUAUCAUUCUGAUUCUCCUGGUGUAGUUUGAGAGUCCCGAUUUAAUAAUUUCCGACCUGGGUGCAAGGUUACAUUCCACUCUACUGGAUUCAGGAACUCCUUCCCCCGCCCUCUUCGCUUGAGCAUAUAUGCUACCGACGCGGGCGGCAACUCACUCUCUGUACAGGGACUGUCCAGCCGAACCCGGUUGCGAGAACUCCAGGGCCAAAUUGCCGCCAUCACCGGGAUCGCUCCCGGCGAUCAGCGAAUCCUUGUCGGAUACCCGCCCGAAUGCCUGGAUCUCAGCAACGGGGAUACCACUCUGGGGGACUUGCCCAUCCAGUCAGGCCCAGCUUGGGACAUUCUUCGCUUCUCUUCGCUUCCCCUCUGGGAGUCCCUUUCACCAUCCCUGCACCUUGCUUCGGGCGAUGCCCGAGAGGGAGCUGUGGCCAGCAAGGCCUGGCUCGGAACCCGAGACCUGCAUCCGCAGCUGCGACAGCAUGAUGAGCGCCACCUCCACCCGCUCGGGAUCUAGUGACAGUAGCUACGACUUCCUGUCCGCGGAAGAGAAAGAGUGUUUGCUAUUCCUGGAGGAGACCAUUGGCUCAUUGGACACUGAGGCCGACAGCACACUCUCCACGGAGGAGUCUGAGCCAGCCACAACUCCCCGAGGUUUCCGAACACUGCCUGUCAUACAGCCGGUUCCCCAGAGAAACUCAGAGAAGACAAUCAUUCAGCAAGCACCAGAGCCAAGGAAGGUGACUCAUUCCUCCUCAUUCCGUCCCCCUGAGCCUCACAGCUUGAGCUUCAAGUCUGGCUCCUACAGCCUCCCCAGAAAUAUCCACAUUGGCGGAAACCAGAACCUCAGGAAAAGCCCCACCCAGACUAACAGCCACUUCCCUGGAGAAUCUGAGGGACUCAUAGCUAAACCUGAGAAAAAGCAAGCCAGCCAGAGCAGGGAGCCCAGCCAGGCACCAGCUAAUCCCCUGGGGGCUGCCCUUGACCUGGACGUGGUACUCAUCCCCCCACCUGCGGCUUUCCAGGACGCCCAGCCAGAGCAGGGUAGGAAAGACAGCCUGCCCAAGGGGCCAGGAGAGCCUAGGCCCCAACUCCACCCACCAUUCAGCCGCCUGGAGAGAGUGGAGGGGGAUUCAGAGGCCAUGUCCCACCCAGCUAGUGGGAAAGGCUCCACAGGGGCCUCAGGAAAGCCACAGCCUUCUCCUGCUGGGUUGUCUUGGAAUGCCAGAGCUGAAGAUGCUUCCCUCCCACCAGGGGCUGAUCCAAAUCCCAGAAUGGCUCCCCUCACAGCCCCGAAGCCCCGGAAGCUGCCACCCAACAUUGUUCUGAAGAGCAGCCGAAGCAGCUUCCACAGCGAUCCCCAGAAUAGGCUGUCCCGACACCAUGAGGCUGGAGAAUCCGGCCUGGUGUCCUCUGCACUGCAGGACCAAAGGAAAGCACGCAGAGAAGCACUGGAGAAGCUGGGGCUACCCCAGGACCCAGAGGAGCCCAGCCUCCCUUUGAGUAGGCCCACCAGCUCCAUCAGACUCAAGGAGGCUCAGGGCCAGGGUUCUUCCCCAGCCCCAGCACCAGCUCAGCCAUCCGCUCCAGCUCCCAUAGCUGCAAUUACUCCUGCUGCAGAGAAGAUCCCAGCUCAGGGACCUUCCCCAGUGAAGCCUCCAGCGUCAGCUCUAGCUCAGGGGCCCUAUCCAGGCAAGACUUGGAUUCCUGCCCAGGAACCCUCUCUUGGGAAAGUUGCAGCUACCAAAUCCACACCAAUCCCUAUCCCUAAGGCCCCAAAGGCGAAUAGUGGCUUAACUCAGCCAAAGCCAGACUCAGGACUGACUCUCCAGGAGAGCAACAUCCCUGGCCUGAGACAGAUGAACUUCAAGUCCAACACUCUGGAGCGUUCGGGUGUGGGACUGAGCAGCUACCUCUCUGCUGAGAAAGACCCGAGUCCCAAAACCAGCACUUCCCUGGGAAAGGGUUCCUUUUUGGACAAGAUCUCACCCAGUGUCUUGCGUAAUUCUCGGCCCCGCCCUGCCUCCCUGGGCACUGGGAAGGACUUUGCAGGUAUCCAGGUGGGCAAGCUGGCUGACCUGGAUCAGGGGCAGAGCUCCAAGCGGCUGUCCUACCAAGGACAGAGCCGUGACAAGCUUCCUCGACCCCCUUGUGUCAGUGUCAAGAUUUCCCCAAAGGGCGUCUCUGAUGAACAUAGGAGGGAGGCCUUGAAGAAGCUGGGGCUGCUGAAGGAGUAGGCCACCAGUGCCAGCAAGAUUAAACCAAGAGGACAGACUGCGGGCUCCACUUAGGAGCCCUUGUGACCUCAUGGCUUAGGGCUGGGGCAGCCACGGGCUCCUCUCACGGGUUCUGCGCUCUUGGAGGCGAAUGGGAAGGAGAGACUUUUGUUCAAGCAUGUGUUGAAUUCAGAGUGGUUGUGCCAUUGACCAUCUCUACAGAGCAUUCUGAAGAAGAAAUAGACAAGGGCGGGGGGCAUGUGCACGUGUAUUUGGGGGAGCUGUACAUAUCAUUGACACUCUUUAUGUAACACAAAAAGGCAUGGUUCAGAGUUCUGCUCUUGUUGAAAAUUUUCUUACAAUGGAGAAGGGAGGCCAGAAAAGUCAAAUGAGAUGACGGAUAUGCAAGUGAUCUGAAAGAAGAGUUAUAGUGGGGCUGGGGAUAUAGCUCAGUUGGUAGAGUGCUUGCCUCGCAUGCACAAGGCCCUGUGUUCAAUCCCCAGCAGCACCACCACCCCCCAAAAAGAAGAGUUAUAAUCUACACAUAAAGGUUCACAUGAAUGUGGGCCUCCUAGAAUCCCUGCAGGAAAUGGAGACUGGUUCAUACCUUGCUGGAUCCCUCUCUCAGUUCAGGCCUUCUGGACAAGGCCUUGAGCCUAGAGAAGUUGGUUUGUUAUCUCUUCACUCACUGCCUUCUUAGUGUCACCAGUCCCACUGGAGGACCCCUCCCCGUGACUAACCCUCUUAGUUCACUGAUAGCAGGACAGCUCUUGUCAGUCUUGAAGGCAGGAUAAGAGGCCACACACUCAUACCUCUGCCUGCACUGGUUCUUGUCGGUGGGCUUGAGAAAUUUGAUAAUAAACUGUGCUGUGGUCCAUGAUUCUGAUAUUA